GUUGUCCCCUGAAUACCAAGCGCGGUGUACUCUCGAUCGCGCCGCAACGUAAACACGUUCACCUUUCGCGAUUUUACUAUUAUAAUAAAUGAAAUGUCACACUAUAACAGUUCGUAACGGGGUUUGUAAACAAACAAUUGGCCGCUGCAGUGAUACAGAUCAGUUUUGGAUGCUAAUUUGAUACAGAACAGUGACAGUGAUGCAGCUGACGAUAUUGCCUUUAGUUUUCGCUCUCGCCCUUUUAGAAGUAUUGACACCAACUCGCGGAGAAGAUUUCGGCUAUGACGGUGUUAUUGGGCCCAGACACUGGAGCGAGAGAUACCGCGAGUGCGCGGGCAAACACCAGAGCCCAAUCAACAUCAACGUGCUGCGCGUGAAGCAGGUCACACUGCCGGACAUCAUGUUCAUAGGCUUUGACGACUCCAUCGACGGCGUGCAUGUCUCAAACAACGGACAUACUGUGCUGAUAGAGGUAGAAAAUGAACUUCAUCCACGGGUGCGCGGGGGGCCGCUCGAAGCCGACUACGUGUUCAGUCAGAUGCAUUUCCAUUGGGGCGACAACGACACCUUCGGCUCAGAGGAUAAGAUCAACCAUCGGAGUUUCCCUAUGGAGCUUCAUAUGGUUUUCUUCAAAGAAGAGUACAAGAGCGUGAAAGAGGCGAUUCUGCAUCCUGAUGGUUUGACAGUACUGGCUUUCUUCUACGAGGUUGAUCGGCACCAGCACCCUGCUUACGAUGAGAUAGUGGGAGCCCUGCAGAACGUCACAGAGCCACACACACAAGUGGAGAUGGAGCAUCCGUUCUCGUUCCUCAACAUCCUGCCGUACGACCUGCGCCGAUACUUUACGUACCGCGGCUCGCUUACCACGCCGCCCUGCUCCGAGGUCGUCAUCUGGCUAGAUUUCGAGCAACCCAUCAGACUUGCACAUGAACAGAUAAAGGCGUUCAGGGAGCUGAAAUCGACACACGGUAAAAUAACGCACAACUUCAGGCCGAUACAGCCAAUCGGCGACAGGGUAGUAUUCUACAACAUCGACAGCAACUAUUUCACCUAUAACGAAAUAGACCCUGAUGAGGAUGAAGAUGCUGCACCCACAAAAUCUUCAAGAAGAAGAGGUCACAAUAGAGGUUUCUCAUUAACCCCAAGAUUAUUUUUCGUUAGUCUUAUGCUAGCAAUGCUACAGUUAUGAAUAUAAGUCAUAGGCAAUUAUUGUUCAUAUAAGUAUGAAUGCGUGUAGUAAGAAUAUUAUCAUUAUUGAGAUUAUUUAUUUAUUAUACCUAAUUAGAACUGCUCCAUGCAUUUUGUUACUAAUCGCAUAAAAAUAUUCAAAGAAAUGGUGAACCACAAUUUGACGAACACAUUUUGUAAAUUAUACCACAUAAUAUUAGAUAAAAUAAUGAUUUUGAUUCUGCCAACUAUGUACAUAGACAAAUAUAUGUAUUUUUGAAUACUUAGAGUUAUUAGUGUGUUAUAUUAGUAUUAUUCAAAGUUCUUUUUUAGUUUUAUGGUCAAACAAAACAAAUUGACUUCAUUGGGUAUCAUUGUCCUUUUUGUAUUUAAAAUGUUAUUUAACAGCCAGGUACAAUAGAUAUGUAUAAAUAGCUUCAAAACUGCAUAAAAAGUUUUUUCAAAUAUAACGUUUAUUUUUAGCUAAGGACCGUCAAAACUUAAAAUGUUAGGGAGACCAUUAGAUGUGUCCAGAAGUGUAAUUUUUACUGGGAGUACAACAUUAAUGUAAUUUACUAAGAUUUUCACUAUGUAAUGCAUGAAAUGUGUUUAAUAUAAUUAUAAUAGCAAGUUUUUUACCCUUGGUUAUUUGAUAGACUGAUCAUGUAUAUUAUUAAAAUGUAAAAUUUCGAUAGCAUAAUAAACUGUGAUACUAAAUAAUAACAAAGUCAUGUGUUUCCUUUUUAUGGUUAUUGGCACUUUAACACUUUAGAGUAUCCUUUAAUAUACUUUUCAAUUUUCUUUAUUAAUCUUCUACCUCGAAUUUUGUGUAAAGGUGGUUUUGUGUAGCAAGUAAAUUGGAAAAAUAUAUAUAUAAAUUUAAUAUAAUACUUAAAUGAAUACCUAAUAACAUUUCAAUUGAUCUUUUGUUGGACCACCUUUAGUUUUGUAUGAUUAAAAAAAACAUAAUCUGGUUUUAACAAAUCUAACUAUAUUUUUAUAUUUAUUAGUGCAUUUACGAAACGGGCACUUGUAAUUUUGACAAGAAUGUGCCUGCCGCCCACACCUCUCACUGUCCCAGUUUUCGUCCUACCCCACACCCUGUACCCCGCAGGCGAGGUCUUAGUUAGGCGGUUUACCUAUAGAAAUUAUUUUAAGUACCGUAAGUGAGGGUUACUUUAGCUCAGGCGGGUAACUUUGUCCCAAAUCAGAAAAAAUAUUGAACUUGCCGCCCCAUCAGUAUCUCUUGUGUGACCGUAAUAGUUCCAGUUGAAAAACACAGAUAGCCAUAUAGGCGCGUAGUGAGGUGUUGUUUUACCGACAUCGUUCCUGUAUCAAGUUGUCAUUGUCACAUGGGAUUUUUUGUAACUGACAUAGUUCGCAAGUUCAUGCGCAAACUUUCUCAAAACUAUGGAUUUCGGUAAGUUUACUAUUUUUUCUAAAUUUAAAGUUAUAUUUUUUAUUUAACUUAAUUAUUUUUGGGCAAAAACAUCCAUUUGUGUAUUCAUUAUGCCAAUGGUGAUCUGUUAUAAGGGUUACAUAGCCCCAACAUGGCUUAAAAUGAGUUUUUUUCACAGAGAAAACUCAACGAGCUAAAGUAACCCUCUCUAAGGCCAACUUUGGCCCAAAAUUAAAAAAAUAUAUAUUAACCCUUAAAUCUUAUUUUUUCCUAUUUUCGUAUGAUUACUUUGUAACUUAUACUUUAAACUUCACAAUGGAAAGAUAUAAACGUGACAUAUUCAUAACAAAAGAGAAGCUACAGCUUUAUUUAAAAAAAAAGUGCACAUUUUAGGUCAAAGUAACCCGCAGUUACUCGGUAGUUAAAUAUAUUUUUUAUGGUUUUUCUAACUUUUAUUAAAUAUAUAAAUAAAAGAAUAGUUAUAGAAUAAUGGUCAGAAUCAAUAUCCAGUAUCAUAAUCAACCUCCAGUAGAAAGUAAGGAUGACCUGGUACUGUUACUUAGCAACAGUUGUUACUAUAGUCUUAAUAAUAAACAUAUCUAGGUAAAAAAGCUCUAGUAGUCUACCUCUUCUUGUCCAUCCAUAUCACUACUGGCUUGUAGAUAAGGAAAGUAUGUAAUAAAACUCCUAACAAUUGUUAUUCAUCAUCUGUGGGUCUAUUUUCUGACAUUGUUACCAUAGCCCCUAAGUUGUCUUCCCCUCCAUGCUUCAACCUUUCCCAGAUAAGCUCUGCUAUUGCCUUUUGUGUUCGACGUUCUAAUUUCUCUAGUUUUUUUGCUACAUCUCUCUUCAGAUCCCAAUCCGGUUUUCUUGGUGCUAAACUUGAAAUAUCUAAUUCUUGUAGCACAACCUAAAAAUAUACAAGGGUUUUUAUUAAAUUUAGUUGUAGAUUUCUUUAAUAUUAUAAUCUACAGAAAAAAUCUUUGAGAAUCUCAAUAACAUAAAAUGCAGCUAAUAUAUAGUGUUGUAAAUCAAAAAAUAGUUCGACUAACAAUUUCAUUUAAAAACAUCCAUCUUUAAUAAUUGCAAAGAAAGUGAUAGCAUCAACUUUAAGGAAACAUAACAGUUAAAUGGCAUUAUCAAAUAACGAAGAAGAAAUGCUGAAAAUAAGAAGAAAGAUUAUUUUUGAAGUAGCAGCAAACUUCCUGAGCAAAACCACAGACAAAUAAACUUGUGUAGUAGAUAUUAACACUUUUUUGCUCAAGAAGUUUGCCGGGUUGUAUGUCACCUACUUUUUCUUUGCCUGCUUCAAGGAGAUCUUUGACUUCAUCAUCAACAAGGGUAAACCGCAUAACUGAGACCUCGCCUGCGGGGUACAGGGUGUGAGGCAGAGCGAAAACGGGGACCGUAAGAAGUGCAGGCACAUUUUUUUCAAAAUUAAAAGUGCCUGCCGCCCUCAUCUCUCACGGCUCCCUAACGGCCCCGCCCGCACUUAUCAAUACUCGAGCAAUGUGGUAAAGUUCCUCUGUUGAGUACAACUAAGUUUUGUGUAAACUUAUCUUCAGGAUCAGGGUCAGAGGUGCACAAAGAAAGGAUUUUUCAAAAUUCAACCUCGAAGAGGUCAAAAUAGAGGGUGAAAGUUUGUGUGAAAAAUCUUAUUUCCUUGAGUUAAUAGACUUGAAACUUGGCACGAAUACUUAUCUAAAUAAAUUGUAAAGUUU